CACACUCUCUGUUUCCUCUGUAUCUCGUUCCAAACGUGUCAGUCAACCAGUCAGUUGAUUAUUUGUGUGUGUGUGUGUGUGGUGGGGGGAUGUUGAAAAGAGCUCGUAACCAUCCUUCAUCUCUAUGACCGACGGACAAGAGAAACAGAGACAAGGACCCGGGGACAUACAGUUUCUCACAGAGGAAACUCACCCAGCAGUCUACUUCCUGAAAUCACCACUCCUUCUGUCUAUGAGCUGCACUGAGGCAGAGGAGUGGACUUCCCAACAAUCCUGACACACGGAAAACCCCUGUGAAUCCCCCAGAGGCCCCCCGAGCAGCAGCAUGUCCUCUCCUCUCCCCAUGCCCUCUCUCCCCCCCAGUCCUCUGGCCAUGGAGUACCUAAAUGACUUUGACCUCCUCAAGUUUGAGGUGAAAUCUGACACUCCUCCGCACCCUACUCCAUGUGUGUUUCCCAAGUCUGGCCUUCCCCAAGACCCCUCCAGCUCGCCGUACACCAGCAACCCUAUGCAGGAUUCCAGUUUGAGCUCCAGCCCUUACAACUCGCUGCCACCCUCGCCAUCGCUCAGUGACGCCCACCCACCACCUUCGGGCUCUUCCUCCCUCUCAUCGUCAUCCUCCUCCAUCUCCUUCCCCCUCUCCCUCUCUAACAGCUUCACCUCAGGCAUCAGCUCCGGCUCUCAGGGGAACGUGGAGGGCAGCCCGUCCCACGGGGGGCCUCAGGGUCCCACAUCGGCCUCGCUGGAGGACCUGAUCUGGCUGGCAGCGCUGCAGCAACAAUUUGGAGGUGAUGUGACGGGGCCCUCGAAUUUGAUGGGGGCCUUGGGGGGAGUGCCAGAGCGGGGGGAGAGAGAGAGGGGGCCGGUCAAUGGCUUCCUGGGCUGUGAGGACGCUGUGGAGGCUUUGCUGAACUCAGCUGCUGCAGCUGUCAGCUCGCAGUUUCCAAGUCUUUCUCAGAGUUCCAGCAGCAACCUGGGGGACUCCAGCAGCGACAGUGGUGCAGACAUCUCCUGCCCCAAAGGGACAGACAUGUGCCAUCGCCCGCUCGUCUUCCUCUCAUCAGCCCCUAACUCACUCCCCAACGACGCUCCUAACUCAGCUCCAUACCCACAACCCCUCAGCCCCCAGGCCCAUCUUCAUCACCACCAGCAUCACCAUCAUCAGCACCACUCGCACCACUCCAUGCAUGGCAGCCAUCACCAUCAUCACCACUCAAUGAGUCAGUGUGGGGCCAAUGAUCGCUUCUCUGAUGAGCAGCUGGUGAGCCUGUCAGUGCGGGAGCUGAACCGACACCUGCGAGGAGUGAGUAAGGAUGAAGUGGUGCGCUUGAAACAGAAACGUCGCACUCUGAAGAACCGGGGCUAUGCCCAGUCCUGCCGAUACAAGCGCCUACAGCACCGCCACGCUCUGGAGUCGGAGAAACAUGUGCUCACACAACAGUUGGAUCAGCUACAGUGUGAGCUGAAUCGAGUGCUGAGGGAGAGAGAUGCCUACAAGGCUCGCUACGAGAAGCUCCUCAGCACGAACCACAGCAUCGCAGCUGAAGCCCCACCGACCCGCAGCAGCAACCCACCUUCCCCACCCCCUGACUACUUCCUCUGAGCUAAGCCCACAGGGAGAGGAAGGAAUAAACAGAGGAAUGAGAAACCAGCCAACAUGGAGCAAUCAAUGAUGAGUAAUCAGACUUGGGGAAGAAAACAAGGAUGUGUAUGUAAGUGUGUGUGUAAGUGUGUGUUUGUGUGUGAGAGAGAAAGUGAAAGAGAGACACUGGCAGGCAGUUUUGGAGCGAUACAACUGUGAAAUCCACUAUUGAGUGAUUAAAGGGGAAUAAGACUGCUAACUCAUAGUGUUAGACUCAGCUCUAGGCUGCUUCAUGGACAACGCUUUUACUUCACUGUGAAUGAUAGUUGCACAAAAACUGGCUAAGAAUACAACAGUGGACAAACACGACUGUGAGAAGUGCAUUGAAAAAGCUUUUGUCUUGAAUUUAAACGUAUCAAUAGUCCCUGAUACUGCUGAGAAUAUUAUCUAUGCAAUAUUAUAGCUGCAAUGUACUUUCAAAAUGAGUGGUUGUGGUUCAAACUGUAGUUGUGUUUUUUUACAAUAAGCUGCUAAAGCUGCAGAGGUCUGAGUAAUGCAGUGGUGCUGGAUGUGGAGUGGUAUGGGCUUGGAUAAAGUAUCCACGGCAUGCAGUUGUGUUUGCCAGCAAAUUUUUCACAGUUGCCUACCAAAGUGUAUAAGCUCACCAAGACUUGUUUUUAUUUUAAAGAUGAAUAAUCAUAGAUUAAAGAAUGUACAAGGAUACCUGUCAUGGGAAUCCUCCACUGAUUGUGCUUAAUGAAUAGUAGGGAUAUUGCUCUUGUGUUUUAGCAAAUAAAUCUACUUUUGCUGCUUGGAAAUGGCUACAUUGAGCCAUUAACAGUGACAAGAAAGACUUGCUGUUUGCUCUCAAACAUGUGUUUUUACAUACAAAGAGCUAGUAGUGUGCUUAACUAAAGCAACUGCAUAUGAUGAAAGCGAGAAAGAAGCCCUCCGCAGCAGGCGAAAAGAGUGUGGCAUGAUUUGUGUGGCUGUGUCCAGUCCUCCAGACUAGGGAAGUUAUUUUCUGAAAAAAAUUGCACACCUCUGUAACAGGAACAAUCACACAAUUACAGCAACAUGCGGCACCACAGAGCUGGUCACUGUGGACUCGGGUACUGUGGUUUACAGAUGCAAGAGAAAAUCAACGGUGCAGGGAAAUUAAAAAGAAAAUGCAAAAAAUGUUUUCAUGGAGACACCUUCUUAUCUGUCCCAUAAAAUCCAGGGUUCAUGAUUUAGAGCUAUUUAUUUUUGUUUGGGUGUAGAGUAAAUAAAUUGUUCUUUUUAUUUAUUCACUUAUUUAUUCAGUAUUUAUUGUUUAUUUAUGUACUGAUUCUACUUAAUUUACUUUACAGGUUUUAUUCAAUUAGUGUGUAUUUUUACUUUCCCACAGAUUACUAUUUUACCCAAUUGUGAUUAGAAUUAAGAUUACUACAAAAAUGAUGGCCGUUAUCAUGGUUUCCUGCUCCUGUUGUAGUGUGGUUUCAUAUGCAUAAGAAAUAAACAAAGUACU